AUGGAAUUUUUGAUUUCCAAGUUGCAAGUUGCAACUGGUACUUUGACAUCUAACUCAAUGGAAUUUGUCAAAUGUUCUAUAGCUGGCACUGCAUAUGGUCGCGGUAUGACAGAGGUGGAGGUGGCGCUGGCAAGAAGGAGGACAGAUGGGCCAACUGACGAUAUUCCAUCUGAUCGACUAAGCCAUGAUGCUGAUACUAGGGGCUCUGAAAAGACAGUUAAGGGUUUCAACUUUAUAGAUGAGCGCAUCAAUAAUAGCCAGUGGGUUAAUGAACCUCAUUGUGAUGUUAUCCAAAAGUUCUUUCGGGUUCUAGCAAUAUGUCAUACAGUCAUUCCAGAUAAAAGUAAAGGUUCGGGAGAAAUUUCUUAUGAGGCUGAGUCGCCAGAUGAAGCAGCUUUUGUCAUAGCUGCCAGGGAGCUUGGAUUUGAGUUUUUUGGAAGGACGCAGACAAGUAUAUCUUUGAAUGAGUUUGAUUUUAAAACUGGAAAAAGAGUUGACAGAGUAUAUCAGCUUCUUCAUGUCUUAGAGUUCAGUAGCUCCCGCAAAAGAAUGUCAGUAAUUGUGAGGAAUCCAGAAAAUCAAUUAUUGCUCCUUUGCAAGGGUGCUGACAGUGUAAUGUUUGAAAGGCUUGCAAAGGAUGGGAGGGCGUUUGAGGUUCAGACCAAGGAUCAUAUCAACAAUUAUGCUGAAGCCGGUCUAAGAACCUUGGUAAUUGCAUAUCGUGAGCUCAGUGAAGAAGAAAAUAAAAAAUGGAAAGAGGAGUUUCCGAAGGCGAAAACAUCUGUCACUCUUGGCCGAGAUGCAUUGGUGGAUGCAGCUGCUGAUAAGAUUGAAAGAGAUAUGAUUCUUCUUGGUGCUACAGCCGUUGAGGAGAAACUGCAAAAGGGUGUCACUGAAUGUAUCAAUAAUUUGACCCGGGUUGGGAUUAAGAUAUGGGUUUUAACUGGUGACAAGAUGGAAAAUGCAGUGAGCAUAGGGUAUGCUUGUAGUUUACUUAGCCAAGAUAUGAAACAAAUCAUCAUCACUCUUGAUUCACCAGAUAUUAUUGCCUUGGAAAAACAAGGAGAUAAAGAGGCAGUUGCCAAGGCUUCUCUGGAUAGCAUAAAGAAACAGCUUAGAGAAGGAAUUUCACAAAUUCAAUCAGCUAAAGAAAGUUCAAGCUCAGUCAAUAAAGGUUCAAUAGCAUUUGGCUUACUAAUUGAUGGCAAGUCCUUAGAAUUUUCACUCAAGAAGAAGUUUAGAAAGACAUUUUUUGAGCUCGCUGUUAAUUGUGCUUCUGUUAUAUGCUGCCGCUGUACACCCAAGCAGAAAGCUUGUGUUACAAGAUUGGUAAAGCUAGAAACAGGUAAAACAACACUAUCAAUUGGUGAUGGGGCCAAUGAUGUGGGCAUGCUUCAAGAAGCUGAUAUUGGAGUUGGCAUUAGUGGUGAAGGGAUGCAGGCGGUUAUGGCAAGUGAUUUUGCAAUAGCUCAAUUUCGAUUUUUGGAACAUCUCUUGCUGGUACAUGGUCAUUGGUACUAUAGGAGCAUAUCAAUGAUGAUAUGCUACUUCUUCUAUAAGAACAUGACAUUUGGGCUUACCCUAUUCUGGUACUACGCCUAUACUUCCUUCUCUGGGCAACCUUCUUAUAAUGAUUGGAACAUGUCAUUUUACAACAUCUUCUUCACUUCGCUUCCUGUAAUUGCUCUGGGUGUUCUUAAUCAAGGUGUUUCUGCACGCCUAUGCUUGAAGUAUCCAUUGUUCUAUCGAGAAGGAGUGGAAAACAUAUUCUUCAGCUGGCCACGCAUACUUGGUUGGAUGAUCAAUGGAGUUAUCAGCUCCAUAAUUAUCUUCUUCUUCACCACAAACUCAUUGAUCAACCAAGCUUUCCAGAGAGAUGGUAAAGUAGUUGACUUCGAAGUCCUUGGAGUCACAAUGUAUACUUGUGUAGUAUGGGCUGUAAAUUGCCAAUUGGUACUUGCCGUUGACUACUUCACUUGGAUCCAGCAAUUCCUCAUGUGGGGAAGCAUUGCCUUGUGGUACAUAUUCUUAGUAGUAUAUGGUUCCCUUUCACCAAGUGAAUCGACUACAGCAUACAAGGUUUUUGUGGAAGCCUGUGCUCCCAGUGCCCUCUACUGGCUGGUUACCCUUCUUGUUGUUAUUUGCACUCUGAUACCUUAUUUUUCAUUCAGAGCUUUCCAGACAAGGUUCUCUCCAACGUACCAUGAGAUAAUACAACAAGUAGAAGAAGCCCUCAAAGAUACUUAUAGUGAACUUCCUCUCGCAGUAAGGGGAAAACUACAACCUCUGAGAGAGAGACUCAAUAACAAGAGGGAUCCUUGAAAUAUAUGACUUCAGGUUCUGCAGAUUUUUUCAAGUGAUUAAGAUAUCUUGUUUCUGUGUAGGUUGGAAAAUGAAAUUUGUAGACUGCACAUGUAUACAACUUACCCCCUCAUGUACAUCAACAAUGUAAAGCGGAUUUAAGAUGAGAAGGUCUCAGUAUGUAAAUCUGAUGUAUCAAAAUUACCAAAAGAGAACUGGCUUAUUUGUAUUUUACCCAUGCUUUUUAGCUAUGUUAUGUCAA